AUGAUCACGGUCAUCGUGGUCAUUUUCGUCCUAUUGGCUGUUGUCAUCAUUGUGCUGGUGCGCUACGGCCCGCAGCUGUGCACGCUGCAGAUCACCCUGUACCACGAGCCCAUGCCGCAGGAUCUGGAGAACGGGGUGCACCUAACAGAUUGGAAGAAACUGGGCUCCAAAAGGAAAAGCAGCAAGCAGCCUGCUCAGAACUACCAGGGAGACCCGGGCAGCAAUGACACUGCUGCGCUGAGUGUCCAGUGCUCCUGUAAGCACCAACUGCCCUGCGACAACACAGAGCCUAAUGUCAUAGAGAUUACCUACCUGUGA